AUGGCGGCUCGUCAAGCAAUGUUCCCUCGACAAACGAUUACUCCUGAUUCCGGUCUUUCGACGGGAGAAGAGAUGCUUCAAUUGCUCUCCAACCCUUUUCAGGCUUCUUUGCAAACAAACGCUUUCUGGGCCUCUCUUGGAAUCUCCCUCGGCGUCAGUGCUGGUCUCGCCCUCCUCUUCUGCUUCGUGCGUCCCAGGAACACUCUCGUCUACGCCCCAAAACUGAAGAAUGCGGACAAAGACCAUGCCCCACCCCCGCUGGGAAAAGGCGUGUUCAGUUGGAUCAAGCCUGUCCAUACGGCAAAUGAGCCAUAUCUGGUGGAAAGGAUUGGGAUGGAUGCAGUCAUCUUUCUGAGAUUCACACGCAUGCUCCGCAAUAUUUUUGUCGUUCUCGCCUUUAUAGGACUUGUUCUCAUGAUCCCCGUCAACGUGGGCCUGGGAAAGAAGACAGUCUCCCACGGAUCGUCUGUCUUCUCGGUAAUGACACCUUUGUACAUUUUCGGUGGCGGCCUGUGGGCUCAGGUAGUCCUGGCAUGGCUGAUCGACCUGGUGGUGAUAUACUUUCUAUGGCACAACUAUCGACGGGUCCACAAACUCCGACGAGCUUACUUGGAGAGUCCAGAGUAUCAGCAAAGUCUACAUGCGCGGACGCUCCUGAUUCGAGACAUUCCACCCCAGUUUCGGAACAACGAAGGUUUAGCACGAAUCACCGACGAGGUCAACCCGACGGGCGCUGCUCCAAGGACCACCAUUGGACGCAACGUGAAGAUCCUACCUGAAUUGAUCCAGGAGCACGAAGAAACCGUCCGGGAGCUAGAAUCCGUCCUCGCCAAAUACAUGAAGCAUCCUGAUCGACUUCCCCCUCAUCGCCCCAAGAUGAAGGCUCCAAGGAAGUACAAGGGCCCGACCAUGAAUGGCAAAGUCGACGCCAUCGACUAUCUGACCGACCAUAUCCGGGGCCUGGAAACGCAGAUCAACCAUAUCCGCGAACACAUCGACACCCGCGAUCCGAUGCCCUAUGGAUUUGCCAGUUGGGAUCAGGUUUCCGACGCACACACGGUGGCAUAUUUGGCCCGGAGGAAGCGCCCGCAAGGAACCAAGUUCCAAUUGGUGCCGAGACCAAAUGAUCUUAUUUGGACCAAUCUGAAGCUGUCUCCGGGAAGCAGAAAGAGCAAGCGGUUCAUGAAUGGUGUUUGGAUCACCGUGCUGACCAUUAUCUGGACGCCAUUCAACGCCGGGAUUGCAGUCUUCCUAUCCAAUCUUUCCAACCUCGGGCUCGUUUGGAAGGGUUUCAGGGCGCAACUGGAAGCACACCACACAGGCUGGGCGAUCGUCCAAGGUAUUGCCGCUCCCGCCAUAACUUCCCUCGUUUACCUCAUCCUCCCGAUCAUCUUCAGGCGCCUGCAGAUCCGUGCGGGCGACGUGACCAAAACAGACCGCGAACGCCAUGUCCUUCGAAACUUGUACAGCUUCUUCACCUUCAACAACCUGAUAAUAUUUUCCAUCUUCUCUGCUGUCUGGCAAUACGUGACCAUUGUGAUUGAGUACAACAAACAAGGGAAUGACACCUGGACAUCGCUGCGGGAAGGUCGUUUCUUCCUGGUGAUCACCACGUCGCUCUGCCAGAUCUCUCCGUUUUGGGUGACCUGGAUUCUUCAACGCAAUCUAGGUGCUGCCGCUGAUUUAGCUCAGCUUUGGCACUUGACUACCGUCUGGUUUGCAAGGACAUUUAUGGCUCCGACGCCCCGACAGAAUAUUGAGUGGACAGCACCGCCAGCGUUUGACUAUGCAAGCUACUACAACUACUUCCUCUUCUACGCCACCGUGGCGCUUUGCUACUCUACCCUUCAGCCGAUCGUGCUGGUUGUGACGGCAUUGUAUUUCACCAUCGACGCUGUUUGCAAAAAGUAUCUUUUGAUGUACGUUUUUGUCACCAAAACGGAAUCUGGUGGUCAAUUCUGGGUGACGAUCUUCAACCGAAUUGUCUUUGCCACCAUCCUUUCGAACGUUAUUAUUGGAGUGGUUGUCAAGGCUCGAGGGGGCUGGGAUCUGGUUGGCGCGCUCGUCCCCUUGUUGUUCGUCAUGAUCGGCUUCAAAUGGUAUUGCAUGAAGACCUUCGAUCUGGACUUGAAAUAUUUCGCCCGCGGUGGCAUGCACGAUCAAGAACGUCUUCCCGCCGAUGGGAAGUCCCGGAAAGUAGAGAGGGUUUCGACCAAAUACGGCCAUCCGGCGCUGUACAAGCCAUUGAUGACCCCCAUGGUUCACGAAAAGGCCAAGCAUGUCCUGGCAGAGAUCUACCAAGGACGAUUGAAUUCAGAAGGAGGACAGUCCCUGGCCUUCUCAGACAUUGCCAUGCAGCCAAUGAGUCAUCAGACGGGCAAAGUAAUGCAGGAUGUGCCAUUUGAGAUAGUUCCUGAGGCGCAGCAAGAUUACCAGUUCUACAAGAACCAUUCCGAUUUCCGCGAUCAAGGAGGCGACACCCCUUCGCGUGCCCAAACGCCAGUCUCAUUCGCGGGCAAGGAAGGAUACAUUUCACCGAAAGGCUUCCGCACCCAGACACCAGUUCCAAUGACUGGCAGAGAAGAUUACAAUUCAGCGGAGAGCUCACGAGCAGGCAGUCCCACCACUGGUCCCGUACAGCAGCACCAUGGCAUCCAUCGCAAACCGGUCGAUCCAUCUCACAUCCCAACUCACCUCAGGACUGCCUCUCUCGCGACAUCUGGCGACGGUGAUCUAGGUGUACAGCAUGACCUCAAUGAUGACAGAACGAACUUGUUGCAGGAUAUAGGAGACUUUAGAGCACCGAACGGGGAGUUCAUGUCUCUUGAUAGAUGGCGAACACACGAGAGUGGAGAUGGAAGCGACGCCGGUGCAUACCGAGAACUUGGCGGAGGCUACACACCAUCCGAGGAAGAAUUUUUAGGGUAUGAUUAUUUCCGGGGGAAGAGGUGA